AUGGACUGGGAACCCAAAUGGGAAGCAAUCGAACAUACCAGGGCCGAAGGGGAGAGAGAGCUGUUGCCGAUGUUCCUUGAAUGGACCAGUCGGGAGUUCCAGCGCAGAAUCCGCUCCGGAUCGGUUGGGGCCAAGUCAGCUGACCUUCUUCGUCAAUCGAUUGCGAUGAUCCCAAUCGACGAGUUUCUUUCCCGGAGAGAUUCUUCUAAACUGCGGAAGCUGUGGCGGUUGUCUGUUGUUUUAAAGCCGGGGUGA